AUGUGUCUUCCCGUGCCCGGUACGUGUAGUCUUGUUCUUACAAUGUUUAUGACACAACGUGCAAAUCCAGUCCCGCAGCUUUUUAAGUUUUUUCAUUCAUUCAUAUAUCUAUCUAUCUAUCUAUAUAUCUAUCUAUCUAUCUAUCUAUCUAUCUACACACACACACACACACAUAUAUAUAUAUUCAUAUGUAUCUAUCCUAGUCUGUUCAUAUCUAUCUAUCUCUUUAAUCGACAAUUCUAUCUAUCUAUCUAUCUAUCUAUCUAUCUAUCUAUCUAUCUAUCUAUCUAUCUAUCUAUUUCAUUCUGUUCAUUAUCUAUCUAUUUCAUAAUGGGUGACAAGACUUUCGGACCAAACUCACUCCUAUCUAUCUAUCUAUCUAUCUAUCUAUCUAUCUAUCUAUCUCCCAGUCCAUUCUUCAUCUAUUUAUCUAUAUUUCAGUCUAUUCAUAUUUAG